UUUUGUCACUUUCUCCAAUUAGUUUCUCCUCGUUUUCCUACUUCCUUUACCCCGUUCCCCAUAUUAUAUGAGUGCAAGUUCAAACACCAGCUCGCAGGUGGAAAUAUAAACCAUAUACUACCAAUUAAAUAAAGAAUUAAAAAAAAAAAAAAAAGAAGAAGUAAAGAUGUGGAUUACAAUGAAAAUAUGGGGAUUUUCUCUCCUCUUUGGGAAGACAGAAGGUUUUAUUGGAAUUGGUGAAUCUUUAUUUGCUUAGAAUUUUCACAAAAACAUAUAAUUUAUUUUGCUAACAGCUUCUUUCUUUUGGGGUUGAUUUUCAGGUCAUUUUGCUCUUAAGCUUGGUUGCAGAUAUUGUGAUCUACUUUAUUUUCCUCACAAAUGACUAUUAUCUAUCAUUUCAUAUUGCACCCUAUCUCCGGGUAGUGUUCUUGAUUUUGAACAAUACGGAAUUGCGAGAGAACUUUCUCAUCCUUACAGGACUGCUUGGUGCCUACCUGAAUGUUGUGGUUAGUUUUCAUAAUUUUGGGGGUUAAUUGUUUAUUUUUACAGUAACAGACGUCUUAAGCCACUUGAUAUGAUAAAUUUUCACACCUGGAUUCUUAUCGUCUUGCUAACGUAACCUUCCAUUUUUUAUAUUUUAUCUGUGCUCUCUUUUGCUCUCCUUGCUCACCUUUGCAGGCUUUAUCUACUUUAUUUCUUCUAUUCUCGAGCUGGUUAGGAUAUGUCUUCUUUACAGACACAAGGCUAGAAGAAACCACGUUUACUUCAUAUGGCGCCACAUUAUACCAAAUGUUCCUUUUAUUUACUGCAUCAAACCAUCCAGAUGUCUGGAUUCCUGCAUACAAGGACUCACGUUGGUAUUGCUUAUUCUUUAUUCUCUGCGUGGUACUGAGCAUUUACGUUGUCAUCAACUUAAUUCUCGCUGGUAUAUGUGGUAGCUUCAUACAUCAGCUUGAAAAACAAGUGGCUGAAAAGGAUCGAAUGAGGCGAAGGAUUUUAGGAAAAGCAUUUAGCCUGAUUGAUAACACCAACAACGGAUUCAUCGACAAAGAUCAAUGUUUCCUUCUCUUUAAGGAACUUAACAAAUACAGAGUCUGAAUCUGAUGUAGUGCCACUAGAGGCGGAGCCAGGAUUUGAGGUUUGGGGGUUCAAAAAUUUAAAGGACAGGACAACGACCUCAAGCUAAUGUAUAACAACCGCCAAACUAACAGGUA